AUGUUCCUACAUGUUUAUGUGUUCAGAACAGUGCUAAAACGGAUGUACGUUGCACCAUCGUUCCAGUUGGAGAAGGUUGGUUUCUUGUCACCUAUAAAUAAAGGCGGCACGGGUACCACGGGUACGGGGCAGAGCGCCGCCACCACCGUGGCUCUCGACGGCACCCCAGACCUACAACCAGAACCACCAGACUCACCUGUAUCACCUGAACCACCCGAACCCAAAACCCAAACCGACGAGAACCCGGAGGACGACGACGACCGCGAGCUGCGGGAGCCGGGGCAGUUGUCCGAGGCCGAGCUGGACGAGCACAUUGCCCGCGGCGAUCUGACCGUGCUCGCCGACCUGGUGCUCAGCGGCGAGGGCGACCGGCUGCUGAGCAAGAACACCAGCAACCCGGAGGUGCAGAGCUUCCUGGACCAUGUGCCUACCUAUAUGAGCAAGAUCCGGGCCGUGCACGACGCGGCGCGGACGGGCAACCUGCGGCAGCUGCAGGCCGCGCUGGACCGCCGCAAGUUCGCGGUGACGGCCGUGGUCCGCUACCUGGCGGGCCGCUUCCCGGAGACCCUGGUGGCGCGCGACCAGCGCGGCAGGACGGCGCUGCACUACGCGGCGUGCCUGGCCGACAACGGACACUACUACAACCUGCUGCUCAACCUGGGCGCCAACCGCACCAUCAAGGACAAGAGCGGGCGCACGGCCGACUUCUACCUGCAGAACCCCGCCUCGCUGACACACCGCCAGCUGCUGGCUGACAUUGGUGAGCCGGAGAACAUCGCCGACGAGACGUUCAGCGACAAAGUGCCCAGCGACACGGUGUCCAGCCGGCGCGACGUGCACGACUCGGACGCCAUGUCCAUGAUGGAGCGCUGCUUCCGGCUGCUGAUGGAGUCCGAGGACUCGGACAGUGAGGACUCCGGAACGGCGGGCGCGACCGUCGUCGAGGUGCAGCCGCGGCCCCAAGUGGUGGCGUACCGCGACCUGCGCGAGGUGCCCGAGGCGCCGCCCGAGCGCGGCCACACUGACACCGCCGUCGUGCUGCGCUUCAUGCCACGCCACGUGUUCGACAUCUGCAAGCGGACGCUCACGCGCCGCGACCACAGCGUGCUGGACGUCCUGUGGCCCGCCAUCCUGGACAAGCAGGACCGCGACGACGUGCGCAAGGACGGCAACCCGUACGCGCGCCGCGUCCGCGACUCGUACAUGGACGAGGCGGGCUUUGUGGCUCCAGACCUCGAGUCGUACGCUGUCUUUGCGCCGCUCAUGCUGCCCGUCAUCAAGUUCCUCAACGGGCUGGACACGCGUGCCGCGCUGCGCGACCACCCCGCGUCGCAGUUCUUCGAGGAGCCGCUCGCGAUGCGCACCACGCACUCCGUGGACGACGGCGGCGGACUGGCGGCGGCCGCGGCAGGCAACGGCAAGGUGUCGACUGGGGAGCGCGCCUCGGCCUCGGCCGCUCCGUCGCCCGUGUCCGCGCUCACGCACUUGGAGGUCCGCGCCGUGGACCACCCCGCCCUGGACCUGGACCCGACCGGGCGCGUGAUCCUGCGCAGCGUGGUGCACGUCGGCCGCAACCUCAAGGACGUCCGCCUGCCGCUGGACAUGACCGAGACGCAGCUCACCGAGGUGGAGGACGCGCUGCGCCGCGCGCUCCUGUCCAUCGACGCGCGCCUGACCCCGCGGCAGCAGCCGGCCGCCACGCCGGGCCGCCGGAUGAGCCAGCUGACGGCGCUGCAGGACGCCAUGGCGCUGCAGAGCAACAACAGCGAGUACUUCUCGCUGCCGGACAUCCCGGCCGCCACCAAGGAGCGCCUGCGCCGCUCGCGCCUCUGGCCGUACAUCCCCCGCGAGCGCGACGGCGACGACGAGCGGCUGCGGCGGCUGCACGGCAAGACGUGGCCCACGGGCCGCGGCGUGUUCCUCAGCGGCGACGCGGCGCUGGCCAGCCUCGUGGCCUGGGUCAACGUGCACGACCACUUCGAGCGCGACGACAAGCUGGGCUUCUUGCUGGCCAGGCCGUGGGACGUGGGCUGCGGCGUGCGCUUCCAGGUGACGGCGCGCCUGGCCAUGCUCGGCCGCGACCCCGACGAGCUGGCCAGCCUCUGCAAGUCCAGGGGGCUGCGCCUGCGCCGCACGCUGCACCCCGAAGUGUUUCUCAUCGCCAACAAGCAGGUGCUCAGCGUGUCCGAGCACCAGGCGUACCGUGACUUUGUCACCGCCAUGGCCAACAUCAUCCAGCUGGAGCACCGCGCCGAGAACCGCUCGUUCAAGCUGACGGCGGUGCUGAGUCGCAUGUUCAAGCGGAGGCCCUCGUAG